AUGGAGAAACAUGAAGAUGUUCAAUACUGUUUUCAAGACAGAAACUCUUCUUGCAGAAAGGCUUUGCUAUCGAUAUCUAUCUACAUAACACUGUACAUCUUCUUGUCAAUGAUUUCAGCGGUUACAGUAUUUUUGAACGUACUGGUGAUCAUCUCCAUCUCUCACUUCAAGCAGCUCCACACUCCAACCAACCUGCUCAUCCUCUCUCUGGCUGUGUCAGAUCUCCUGGUGGGACUGAUUGUGAUACCAGUAAUGACUGUAGCAAUAAUUGAACCGUGCUGGGUUUUUGGGGAAUAUUUCUGCGCGUUUCUUCUCUAUAUUACUUGUUUAUGUACUUCUUUAUCUCUGGGCAGUUUGGUCUUGAUAUCUAUUGACCGCUAUGUUGCUGUGUGUGAUCCCUUAAUGUACAACUCUAAAAUAACAAUAACAAGAGUGAUGUGUUGUAUAUCCAUUACCUGGUGUUUUUGUACCAUAUACAAUGCUGCUAUUAUAAAAAACAUUGUAAAUAUACAGGCAAAUAAGUCUGAGAGAAAAGCAGCAAAAACUCUGUCUAUUGUUGUUAUCAACUAUUUCAUUUGUUGGAUUCCAUUUCUAUUUUCUUUUUUCUUUGUUUCUCUUUUAAGUGACAAUUUAUUAUCAUUCAUCAUCAGCUUUCUGCCACUUGUUAAUUCCUUAAUUAAUCCAAUAAUUUAUGCUUUCUUUUAUCCAUGGUUCAAAGUGACAGCUAAACAUAUUUUAACUCUGAAGUUAAGGUGUUCAUAG